CUACCUACCUCACAACCUGCCCACAUGUGCCUGCUCUGCAUGUGUACUCAUUUGUUAAUGUGUGGAGUCUGUAAUACAGCUCUACACACACACACACACACACACACACACACACACACACACACACACACACACACACACACACACACACACAAACACACCUAAAGGUAGCAAGUUAGUUUUACAAGAACAGUAGAGGAAAUUACCUACAACAGCUUGCACUGCUAAAGGAAGAAGGAAAUACAGACGUAGAAAAGGCUUUGAUCACAAAAGCGGUUGGAUAAAGCAAGAGGUCAAGCUAGAGUGAACAUCAGUGUCACUUUCCAACGGUGGUGAAACCUGAGGGAGCUGAAAGCCUGGAAAGCCAAGGUUGCUAGUGUUUUGUUGGACAGGUAAUUGUGGUAUGCGCCUGCCCCCUGGGCCCCGACGAUGACGGCGAGUGUGGAGAGGGCGGAGCACAAAGCCCGAGCUCCCCAGAUGGACACGAGUCACGAGAGUGACGGCGGGAGGAGGAGGACGAUGCUGGUGCCGACCAUGAGAGGCACCAGACCAGGCCCUGCCCCCGGUUACGCAGCGAGGCCGCUAUGUUCGACCCAGGCGGCCGAGUUGCCAGCUGGGGGCGAGUCCCGAGCCACAGAACGAUUGUGGGACUCGUGGAAGCAGUGCACGACGAAGAACCCAAGACCUUAGUGUAUUCUGUGCUGGAGGACGACGGGGAUGGCCUUUUCCUUCUCAACCCGCAUUCUGGAGAGUUCCUUUUGUCCCGCACUUUGGAUUUUGAGGCCGAGCGAUUCUACAUUCUUACAGUGGUGGUUCAGCACAGGGACAGUCAGCUUGCUAGAGUCCGUGUGUAUUUCAACGUGGCUGACGUCAACGACAACCCACCAGUUUUCAAACUGAAUGCCUACUCUGUCUCCCUGCCUGAAGAUGCUCCUGUUGGCAUGUGUUUCUUCACUUUGAAUGUCUCAGAUGCUGAUGACGGCAUAAAUGGAGAAAUGUAUGUAGCUAUAAUGUCAGGAGACAAUGAGAACAAGUUUUCGGUGAACCUACAGGGUCAUUUGUGCCUGAAAGGAGAGCUAGAUAGAGAGAGAAGUGCGAUGUACAGUCUGUUAGUUCAGGCCAAUGAUUGUUCUCUACCUGAAGACACACGUCUCACAGCCACUGUCCGUCUUUCUGUCCAUGUUGAGGACAUUAAUGACAACGCCCCACAUUUCAUAUCAGAUAAUACUGUUACCUGUCCAGAGGACACACCAAUUCAGGCUGUGGUUACAUCUGUACAAGCAGUAGAUGCAGAUUCUGGAUUUAACGGUGAAAUUGUAUACAGCAUGGAAAAUUCAGGAGGGGGAUCAUUCAGGGUCAAUCGCACAACUGGAGUCAUAUACCUGCAGAGGCCGUUGGACAGGGAGCUUGAAGAUGUAAUUAUAGUAACUUUGACAGUCAGAGAUAAGGGUUUACCUCAGCUGGCCAGCUCCAUGAACCUCACAGUGCUUGUUGAGGACGUCAACGACCAUGAUCCAGAGUUUUCACAAACCUUCUACAGUGUAGUUAUAUACGAAGACACUCCUCGAGGAACAAGUCUGCUGAAAGUGCAAGCGCAUGAUAACGACAUUGGGCCUAAUGGAGAAGUGCGGUAUUACAUGUCUGAGAGCGGAUUCAUGAUAGACUCAGUGCUGGGUGUGGUCUCAGUAAUAGACCAAGUGGACCGAGAGAAGAAGUCUUCAUAUUCUUUCACUGUUACAGCUGCGGACAAAGGAGAUGUUCAACGAUCUGCCACAGCCACCAUCAAUAUUACACUGCUGGAUAUAAAUGAUUGCGUGCCUGUCUUCUCCCAAUAUCCACUGACUUUGCAUGUAUUGGAAAAUGGAGAGGACCCCAUUCAGAACAUGCAUCAGAUAUCAGCAUUUGAUGACGACAUGGGAUUAAAUGGUCUUUUAACAUACUUUAUAGAGAAUGGAAAUUCAGAGGGGCCCUUCUUAUUGCAUCCAAACGGAACAUUCUGGAUUUUACAAAAUCUUGACAGGGAGGUACAAAGUCACCACACAUUAAAGAUUAUUGCUGUUGACUCAGGUCCAGCACCACUGACAGGAACUGGAACUCUACUUAUUAUUGUUGAUGAUGUCAAUGACAAUAGACCUGUAUUUGAUAAAGAUAAUAUCAGCACUUUUAUAUUAGAAGAUGCCCCAGAUGGUACUAUCUUUGCAAGACUUACUGCCUCAGACAGAGAUGUUGGUUUGAAUGGACAAAUAAGGUAUUCUUUAGAAGAAACUGAUGUACCAUUUUCCAUCAAUGAAACAACUGGAGAGUUAUUCAGCACUGGUACCCUGGACAGAGAGACAGUGGCUUCUUACAGUGUCACUGUAGUUGCCCAUGAUGGACACCCCAGACACCCUCUCUCAAGCUCAGCCACCGUACUAGUGACAGUUGGAGAUGUAAAUGAUCAUUCACCACAAUUUCUCUAUGGACCAUAUGUGGCAAAUGUUCCUGCUGAAUUGGCCAAAGGAUCAAUAGUGAGUGCAGUGAUGGCCAAAGAUGAUGAUGAUGGGAAGAACGGACAGUUGAAUUUCUCCCUGCAUGGACAACAUUCCCAUCUCUUUACAGUCAGCUCUGACAGGGGAACUGUGUUCACCAUGGAAGCUCUCAGAAGAACCAGAGACAUUACGAUCAGUGUUCAUGUGCAGGAUGGAGGUACCAACCCCAGAAUGGACUCUACCACAUUGACAGUGCGGUUUCAAAAUGCCUCAGAUUUCCCUCGUGUUGCAGUGCAUGUACCUCAACAGUCACUCCCUGAGGACACUCCUCCUGGGAAUAUGGUGGCAGUUGCUACUGCAGAGACAUACAGAAGUGGACCUGUAUCUUUCUACCUGGCAUCUGGAAACACUGGAGAGGUAUUUGAACUGGAUCAGAGAACUGGUGAGAUAAACCUGACAAGAUCUUUGGAUUUUGAGACAAGCACAGAAUUCCAUCUAUUAGUUGAGGCAAGAGACUCGGGCCUCCCACCUUAUUCCUCUUAUGCUGAAAUUCAUCUGAAUGUCCGUGAUGUGAAUGAUAACUCACCUAUAUUCACACAAGAGGAGUAUAAGUGUGAGGUGUCUGAAAACAUACCUGCAAGCCAGGUAUGUGAUGUGUUAGCUGUUGAUGCUGACUCUGAGGCAUUUAGACAAGUAGAAUAUAUUAUUUUGUCAGGUAAUAUUGACGGUGUGUUUAAAAUAGAUAAAACUCAUGGCACUUUAACAACAACAAUGAGAUUGGACAGAGAGGACAUACCAGAGUUCAAACUUAUUGUUAAAGCCACUGAUAAAGAUGAGAGCAGUCACACUUCAACCACAGUAGUUAAUGUAGUUGUUCUGGACACAAAUGACCACGCACCUCGUUUCUCUGAAAUUUUCAUCACUGAGAUUCCUGAGGAUGCACCUAUUGGAUCCCCGGUCAUUCAGAUAACUGCCACCGACGAGGACAUUGGUGGUAAUGCUAUCAUUUCAUACACCAUUCCAGACCAGAUUGACCAGAUUCCUUUCAGUAUUGAUAAAGAUAGUGGAACUAUAGUGGUGAUGGGCCCUUUGGAUAGAGAACAUCGACACCAUUAUAUUGUGAGGGUUAUUGCCAAUGAUUCAUCUUGGAGUGUUAGCACAGAUGUUACCAUAGCCAUCAGAGACAUCAAUGACAAUCCACCAGUCUUUUCUCAGUCCAGCUACUUUGUCAUCAUAACCGAGACAAAAGCCCCGGAGAUUUUCCUCUUACCAGUAAAUGCUGUGGACAGGGACCUUGGACAAAAUGCACAAAUCCUCUUCUUUAUAGACCCCCCAAGUGAAAUGUUUAGCAUUAAUGCAUCCACAGGAGACAUUCUAACAAAACAACCCAUUGUUCUUGCUGGGCCUGAUCCUAAAAGCUUUAAUAUCACUGUUGUGGCAAUUGAUUGUGGAGUUAUCCCAUUGAACAGCUCAGCCAUUGUCACAGUGACUUUUGUUCAGUACAAUUACUUUCCACCAUCUUUUUUGCCCUUCAGAUCUCUUUUGUCAAUCCCUUUUAACUUGCCUGAGGGAACAGAGGUUCUUCAGCUUAAAGCAGUAGAUCAAGACUUUCCAGAAAAGAAUGACAGUGUUGAGUACAUCAUCAGCGGAGGAAAUGCGUCACGUUACUUUAUGAUAGACCUCCACACUGGCAGGGUAUGGUUGAGUAGAACUUUAAGGCAAAGCUUUAGUACUUACUUAACUCUUGUGGUUACGGCAAAAGAUAAAGGAUUACCUCCUCUUUCAUCUCAAACUGACAUCAAGUUUGACAUAACAUUGGAAAAUCAGUUCACGCCCCAUUUUUUAGAAAACCAUGUUACAUUUUCAGUCCCUGAAGACCUACCUCUGGGCUCUGUUAUUGGGAAAGUUCAGGCCAAAGAUGAAGAUGAUGGUGUGAAUGGAUUACUUUCUUACUCUAUUGUAGGUGAAAAUGUCAAUGUAUGGUUUUCUGUGGGGCUUCAUUCAGGAUUAAUCAAGCUGGUUAAACCACUUGACUUUGAGAAGGUAGAGACACAUUACAUUCUUAUUAUUGCAAAGGAUAGUGGCUGGUUCUCUAAGACUGGGAGAAGUAACAUCACAAUAAAUGUUACAGAUGUAAAUGACAAUCCGCCAGUCUUCGCAUCCUCAGAAUACAUAGCGUCUAUCUCAGAAAACUCAGUAAUUGGAUCAUCAGUAAUUCAGGUAAAAGCUACAGAUGAAGACUCUGGAAGUCAUGCUCAGAUAACAUAUUCACUAUUGUCAGGAAGCAUAGAAGUCUUCUCUUUGGAUUCCAGAAAUGGCACUCUGACCACUCUGGAGAUACUUGAUUUUGAGCAGCAGCAGAGUUUUGAACUUACAGUCAAGGCCUCUAACACAGAUAAUCAUUUACAUGAUGUAGCACGCAUCCACAUUCUAGUUACUGAUGUGAAUGAAUAUAUACCCACUUUUCAGAGGCAUCUUUACAACUUCUCUGUGCCUGAGACUGUGCCUCUACAAACUGAAAUCGGACAUGUAAAGGCCAUCGACUAUGAUGUAGGGCUUAAUGGUCAGGUCAUUUACUUAAUUUUUGGUCAGAGUAAAAAGGCAGGCUUUGUAGUGGAUGAAAGCAGUGGAAAAAUAUACACAUCCAAAGAUUUGAAGAAUAGGGGGCAGAAUCAUGCUGUUCUCCGCAUACUUGCCAAGAACAGAGGAAGCAUUACUGGCUUCAACACUGAUGAGGCCCUUGUUCACGUACAUGUAGUUGAUGAAAAUGAUCCUCCAGAAUUUGAGUCUCCUGUCUAUACAGUAACUGUACGUGAGGACACCUCAGUUGGGACCUCUGUAUUCAGAGUAAGUGCUUCAGACCAGGAUGUAGUAUUGAAAUGGAGCAGGUUCUCUUAUAGCAUAGAAAGUGGAAAUUAUAACAACUCCUUCAGUAUCAAUCCUGUUAAUGGAAUUAUUUUAGUUUACAAUGUGCUGGACAGAGAGUUGUGGUCUCUUUAUAACCUCACAGUGGUUGCUAUUGAUGAGGGAUCCCCUCCUGUAACAGGCAGCACAACCAUGUUUAUUACCAUCACUGACAUCAAUGAUAAUGCCCCUAGGCUUACAUCAACGGAAGGAUAUGUUAGGGAAAACCAACCACAUGGCACCUUAGUGGCCACACUGACAGCCACUGAUGAUGACCUCCCACCAAACCAAGGGCCAUUUACCUACUGGUUGAUGAUGCCUACAGUGGGGAACAGUUUUACUCUUACAUCUAAUGGGGUUCUCUUCACUUCAAGACCAUUGGAUCGUGAACAGAAUUCUCUUUUCCAGUUACAUGUGGUGAUCCAAGAUGCUGGUUCCCCACCCUUGUCCUCCACCACUGUGUUUCAGGUUAAAGUUCUGGAUGAAAAUGACAAUCCACCAGUACAAAGGAAUAUCAAUAUUUUGGUUAAGUAUUAUGGCAAUUCCUUCCCAGGAGGACUAAUUGGUAAAGUCAGCCCUGAUGAUCUGGAUGAAUCAGAUGUGUUCAACUGCAGUCUGAAAAGUGGGCCUAUGAGAAUGUUUGGUUUUCCGUUUGGGAAGUGUGAAUUGUGGUCCUCUCCAUUUCAAGGAGAGGCGACAUACAAUAUCACAGUAGAAGCAAGUGACCAGUUACACCCAUCGGUAAACAACAGCAUCUAUGUGAGUUAUAAAGGUUUUACCAACUUAUCUUUAGACAGCUGUGUCUUGUUCUAUGUAUCCUUGUCGACUCUUGAGGACUUUCUAUCACUGAAAUAUCUGAAGUUUGUCAAAGCUCUGGACAGCCUCUUCAAUUUGCAAGCAUCUAAAACUCAUGUAUUCGGGAUGAAACUUCAAGGGGAUAAAAUGCUUCUUCUGGCAGCAGUAAAAAGCUAUAAUGGACUGUAUCUGACUGGAGAAGUGGCAAGUGGCAUCUCAAGUAUGCACAAGAAGCUGCUCGAGGCUCAAAGUAAUGUGACUAUAUCUCAAAUUACCAGUGAUCCUUGCUCACUCAAACCGUGCCAAAAUGGUGCAACCUGCAACAAAAACAUCCACAUCAGUCAGGACAUCGCUGUGUUAGAAAGUUCCCAGCUCAUAUUUGUGUCCCCCCAUUAUGCUGAGGUAUUUAACUGUUCCUGCCCAGCUGGAUUUACUGGAGCUAGGUGUGAGUCUGACAUAGAUGAAUGUAUGGAGAACCCUUGUGAAAAUGGGGGGAGCUGCUAUAACAACCCUGGAGGGUUCCUCUGCCACUGCACAGAGGGCUUCUCAGGAAUCCAUUGUUCCACUGUUGAUAAUGAAUGUCAGACAGUGACAUGUUCCAAUGGUGGGACAUGCUGGAACAUACAAGGAGGGUUCUUCUGUGAAUGCAGACCUGGAUAUGAAGGAAGAUUUUGUGAUUUCAUCAUAGACCAUUGCGCAUCAUCCCCUUGCUUACUUGGCAAUUGCUCAAAUAUUUUAACUGGAUACACUUGUCUUUGUCCAUUUGGUGUUACUGGAGUUCACUGUGAAGAGCAUAGUUAUGGCUUUGAAGAGUUGUCCUACAUGGAGUUUCCCCCUUUAGAUCCCAGAUAUAACUUCAUCUCUCUGGACUUUGCAACAAUGAAACAGAACUCGUUACUUUUGUACAACCCUGGUGACCCAUCAACUUCAGAGUUUCUAGCUCUUGAGAUUAUAAAUGGAAGGCUAUGCCUCUCCUAUAAUCUUGGCUCAGGGGUUGCAAGGCUGGAGACAGGAAAACCAGUGGCUGAUGGGAUCUUCCACAAUAUCACUGUUAGAAGAACUGGAAAUAUAGCAUCUUUAGAGGUGGACAGCUGCUUUGCUGAUGAGCCCAAAGACUUUUGUUUCUCACAACAUGAAGGCACUGGAAGCUACAGGACUCUGGAUGUUAGGACCAAUAACCUGACAAUUGGAGGUGUGAAGGCCAUUGAUGCCAUUUUAUCGAGGCCAUCUCAAGUCAGCACUCAUGAUUUUAUUGGAUGUAUGAGGAAUAUAAAAGUGAAUAAUAUGCUGCUUGAUGCUUCAAGGGUUCUAGCAUCCAGCAAGAUACUUGAGAGAUGUCCACGAGCUGAUGUUACUCUCUGCAGUAGUACCAUGUGUCUGAAUGGAGGGAUUUGCCAAGAUCUCUGGUCCUAUCACUAUUGCCAGUGUCCUGAGAAUUUCACUGGUGCCAAGUGUGCCAACAGUCUAUCAGAAGAUCAUGCCUUACUACUCAUCGAAGGGACCUACAUUGAGUUUUUUGUCAAGGAAAGCCAUAUCAGGAACCAGCUGCUUCAAGCCUUUCUUGGUGGGAAGGAUGACACCUUUAAAGGUUUCAUCAGCGUUGAGAUUAAAUUCAGGACAAUCAAACAGGACAGUGUUUUAUUUUUUUGCUGGGGCAGAACAUUGUCCUUAAAACUUAAGAUAUCUGAUGGAAAACCUCUGUACAUAUUCACAAAUGUUACAUCUGGACAGCAGUGGGAGCUGGGCGUGGACAGAAGCGUGUCAGAUGGACGGUGGCAUGUCCUUCUCCUGCGCAGACAUGGGCAAAGGACUGUCCUGCUCCUGGAUGAGCGGCCAGUUGUGGACUUCACUCAUAGCAUCAUUAGCCACAUUAUUUUCAUUGUAGAGACGAUCACGCUGGGGUCAGCUCCAACUGCAGACUCAGAAGAUCUUCAAUCAGGAUUUGUAGGAUGUGUGGAGUUCGUCAAACUCAAUGGACAGAUUUUACCUUUCAGCGGCCACAGUGAAAUGGUUGAGGCCAAACCCAGUCCUUUACUCUUCGAGAAAGACUGUGUGUCUGCAGAUGACUGUGCUCUGACCCCUUGCUUUAAGGAAUCCUGUCUUGCUCCGUCUUGUCUCAGUGGCAGUGAUUGUAUUGUGUCUCCCUCAGAGGACAGCUGGUGCACCUGUCUACAUAAUGUCUCUGCUUCAUUGUGUGGGACAUGUUCGUCUGCUAGUGAGCACAGAGAUGCUUGUGUCCAGGCCCAAAAAAGCCCACCUUUGUGGAUCAUCGCUGUUGUAGUUCCCCUAACCCUCAUUCUGUUAAUUGUUAUCCUUUGCUUUGUCCUGAGGAGGCAGGGAAAACAUAGGCAUACAAAACACAAGAGUCAGACAUGCCAUGCACUUUCAACUAAACAGUAUGGCAUGGACAAUGUGGCAUUCAGUCUGGACCAUGGUGAUGGUGGUCCCCAGGAUGGUUCCAAUGAAAGCAGCAAGCAGCCUGAUCUGAUAAUGCCAGGGAAGUUGAUUAGGGGAGUUGAGAGUUGUAGCGAAGGUGGUCUAUCUAGUCAUCUAACAGGGUUUGGAGGAAGUGAACUGGAGUACUAUGAGAUUGACAGCACAUAUACAGUGUGCUCCUCUAAUAUAGAGCAAGUAAAGCAAGAUGGUUGUGACAUUAACUCCCUUAGUUUUGUACCGUGGGAAAAAGGAACGAAGGGAACAUCUACACAAAGAGCGAGCCCUCAAGUUUCUCCAUCCAUGUGUGAAAGAGGAAAGCAAGAACCCACAAAGCCACAGCCCCAAGCCUAUCCUGAACCCUCUGAUCUCAGGAACUGUAAACCUCACACCAAAAGAAGUGGGGGUGGUGUAGAUGAUGGUCAGUACAGGGUCUGUAAAACUCACUUGCUCUCCAAGAAAAAGCUGAGCCCUGAACUGGUAGAUCCCCCUUGUUUUCUCACAGAAGAUGAGGUUAAGAGACUAGAUCAAAUACGAGACACUCCAGGACCACCCAAAAACCCUCCCAGACCCUUCAAUACAGCCAGGAUGGCAGAGAGCUCAUCAGAGAGCGAAAGUCACAGCUCUUUCACUUGCUCAGAAUAUGACUGUGAGAGGGAACUCUGCUGCAUCUGUUCACAGGACAACAGGCAUGGUCAUGCGACUGAAGAUUUGUCCAGAGGACAGCUCAUAUUAGCUGUCCCCUCACCCUUCAGAGAUGUUCAGACUCCUUCCGGUACAGCUGGAUGUGGAACCGUCCAGCAGUGGGAGAGCCUCUUAAAUCAAAGGAUCCACUUUAAUACCUACUCAGACGUUUUUGAGGACAUUGCAAGCCUGCCUGUCAUUCAGGCCUAUGACUGUGACACUCACAGUGAAGAAGAGCAGAUUAUUUGAAAAAGUUAAGGCUUUAAAGCUCUCUACACACUGUAACUGUUUUCAUUUACUUUACCUUUUUCAGAGGCUAUGAGGCAGAUUACUUAUGACACACAGAAAGUAAAGUGUGUAGUGUUUGCACCAGAACACAUUUACUAUAAGGUCAUCAAUACAGAUGCUAUAAUUACACUUUGGAAAUGAUUGAAUGGCUAGGAAAAGGUUCUUUUGAUGGUCAUUGGUGGGUGUGCAGUGCCAUCUGCUGGCAGGGCUCUAAUAGUACACCUGAUUGCUUCCCCCGCUUUAAAAGGCUGUGCGUUAGGAUCAUGUGUUAGUUCUUAACUAUAAAAUCAAUAUUGUAUGGAAGUGCAGCUGUUCACUUCCAGGUCUUGUAUUUUAAUCCUGCUGUACUUAUGUAAAAUAUGUAAAAUAUCCCAUACUUCACUUUAAAGUACACAGAAAUAAAGACUAUAGAAAAAGAACACAUUGCUGCUGUCAGAAGAAAACCUCGUAUCUCAAAUUUUGUCAUUUUUCAGUUUUUGGCAUAAUUUGAAGAUGGCUUCUGCUCUUAACAAUGUGUGUAUAAUGAAUUGAACAAAACAAAUGACCUAAAAUGUCUGGUUCCAUUGGCUUACAUUGUCUUAAAGUAAAGUAAGUUUUUUCCUUGUACUUUAAAGUUACUAUUGAGGAGAUACAAGGUCUUCCAAACAACAGUGAUAUACAGCUGUAUUAAAAAAGAAUACAACAUAGUCCCUCACACUGAAAAAAGCAAACGUAUAUUAUAUAUACUUUGAUACCUCGUGCGAGCCAGUAAAAAUGAAAAUGAUACAAAACUGUUUCAUUGUCUUUUAAUAGCUAGUUCUGUAACUGUCUUCAAAUUUCCAUAAAACAAAGUAUUCUGGGACAAUACUGGAAUAAUAAAAUACUUUAUUAAAACACUGA